AGAGAUAGUUCUACAAUGUCCAAGUCAUUCCAGCAGUCAUCUCUUGGUAGCAACUCGCGGGGUCGUGGGCGUGACCUGUCUGCAGCAGGAAUAGGCCUUCUUGCUGCUGCUACCCAGUCUUUAAGUAUGCCAGCAUCUCUUGGAAGGAUGAACCAGGGUACUGCACGCCUUGCUAGUUUAAUGAAUCUUGGAAUGAGUUCUUCAUUGAAUCAACAAGGAGCUCAUAGUGCACUGUCUUCUGCUAGUACUUCUUCCCAUAAUUUGCAGUCUAUAUUUAACAUUGGAAGUAGAGGUCCGCUCCCUUUGUCUUCUCAACACCGUGGGGAUGCAGACCAGGCCAGUAACAUUUUGGCCAGCUUUGGUCUGUCUGCUAGAGACUUCGAUGAACUGAGUCGUUAUCCAGAGGACAAGAUUACUCCUGAGAACUUGCCCCAAAUCCUUCUACAGCUUAAAAGGAGGAGAACUGAAGAAGGCCCUACAUUGAGUUAUGGUAGAGAUGGCAGAUCUGCUACACGGGAGCCACCAUACAGAGUACCUAGGGACGAUUGGGAAGAAAAAAGGCACUUUAGAACAGACAGUUUUGAUGAUCGUGGUCCUAGUCUCAACCCAGUGCUUGAUUAUGACCAUGGAAGUCGUUCUCAAGAAUCUGGUUAUUAUGACAGAAUGGAUUAUGAAGAUGACAGAUUAAGAGAUGGAGAAAGGUGUAGGGAUGAUUCUUUUUUUGGUGAGACCUCGCAUAACUAUCAUAAAUUUGACAGUGAGUAUGAGAGAAUGGGACGUGGUCCUGGCCCCUUACAAGAGAGAUCUCUCUUUGAGAAAAAGAGGGGCGCUCCUCCAAGUAGCAAUAUUGAAGACUUCCAUGGACUCUUACUGAAGGGUUAUCCCCAUCUGUGCUCUAUAUGUGAUUUGCCAGUUCAUUCUAAUAAGGAGUGGAGUCAACAUAUCAAUGGAGCAAGUCACGGUCGUCGACGCCAGCUUCUUCUUGAAAUCUACCCAGAAUGGAAUCCUGACAAUGAUACAGGACACACAAUGGGUGAUCCAUUCAUGUUGCAGCAAUCUACAAACCCAGCACCAGGAAUUCUGGGACCUCUGCCUCUCUCAUUUCAUCUUGAGGGACCAGCAGUUGGACCAAGAGGAAAUCUGGGUGCUGGAAAUGGAAACCUGCAAGGACCAAGACACAUGCAAAAGGGCAGAGUGGAAACUAGCCGAGUUGUUCACAUCAUGGAUUUCCAGCGAGGGAAAAACUUGAGAUAUCAACUCUUACAGCUGGUGGAACCAUUUGGAGUUAUUUCAAAUCAUCUGAUUCUAAAUAAAAUUAAUGAGGCAUUUAUUGAAAUGGCAACCACAGAAGAUGCUCAGGCUGCAGUGGAUUAUUAUACAACCACACCAGCAUUAGUAUUUGGCAAGCCAGUGAGAGUUCAUUUAUCCCAGAAGUAUAAAAGAAUAAAGAAACCUGAAGGGAAGCCAGACCAGAAGGUUGAUCAAAAACAAGAGCUUGGACAUGUGACACAUCUCAGCAAUUUACCUCAUUCUGGCUAUUCUGACAGUGCUGUCCUCAAGCUUGCUGAGCCUUAUGGGAAGAUUAAGAAUUAUAUACUGAUGAGGAUGAAAAGUCAGGUCUUUAUUGAGAUGGAGACCAGAGAAGAUGCAACAAUGGUUGACCACUGUUUGAAAAAGGCCCUUUGGUUUCAACAGAGAUGUGUAAAAGUUGACCUGUCUGAAAAAUACAAAAAAUUGGUACUCAGGAUUCCCAACAGAGGCAUUGACUUACUGAAAAAAGAUAAGUCCCGGAAAAGAUCUUGCUCUCCAGAUGGCAAAGAAUCUCCAAGUGAUAAGAAAUCCAAAACUGAUGGUUCCCAGAAGACUGAAAGUACAACCGAAGGUAAAGAACAAGAAGAGAAAUCAGGAGAAGAUGGUGAAAAAGAUACAAAGGAUGACCAGGCAGAACAAGAACCUAACAUGCUUCUUGAAUCUGAAGAUGAGCUACUUGUAGAUGAAGAAGAGGCAGCAGCACUGCUAGAAAGUGGCAGUUCAGUGGGAGAUGAGACAGAUCUUGCUAAUUUAGGGGAUGUGGCAUCUGAUGGGAAAAAGGAACCUUCCGAAAAAGUUGUGAAAAAAGAUGCAAAUGCGAGUGCUUCAGCAACUGCGAAGAAAAAGCUUAAAAAGGUGGACAAGAUCGAGGAACUUGACCAAGAAAAGAAUGGAAUUAAAAAUGAGGAAAAUGCAGAACCAGGUGCUGAAUCUGCUGAGAAUGCUGAUGAUCCCAAAAAAGAUACAAGUGAAAACGCAGAUGGCCAAAGUGAUGAAAACAAGGAGGACUAUACAAUCCCAGAUGAGUAUAGAAUUGGACCAUAUCAGCCCAAUGUUCCUGUUGGUAUAGACUAUGUGAUACCUAAAACAGGGUUUUACGGUAAGCUGUGUUCACUCUUUUAUACAAAUGAAGAAGUUGCAAAGAAUACUCAUUGCAGCAGCCUUCCUCAUUAUCAGAAAUUAAAGAAAUUUCUGAAUAAAUUGGCAGAAGAACGCAGGCAGAAGAAGGAAGCUUAAGAUUGCAAGAAGCUUAAUGAUUUCAAAGAAAAUAAUGGUUCUUUGUUUUUAAAUGUUAACCUUUUUUAAAUACAAUACAGAUAGUUAGAAGAAAACUAUUGUACUCUUUUGUUAUAGUGGAAAAAUAAUAGACGUCUGUUCAUGUGUUAAGUGUUAUAGCAAAAAUACAUAUACGGUUAAGUUAAUGAAGAAUUGUUUUUGUUUUAUCAAAAUGGUAACAGACAGAAAUACUUGGUAGAGACUGACUUCAUAUGCUACUUAAGACACUUGCACCACUAAGAAAGAUAGGUAGAAACAUUCAGAGAAAUGAAAUUUAGUAGUUCCAAGCUUCAAAGAAAUGUCAAAACUUUUGAUUCCAUUCAAUAAAGAACAAAACCAAUUGUAUUUUUAUUACUUUCAUCUGAAACAUUCCACAUUUUAAUCUGAGCCUUGCAGACUUUUCAUCUGCAGUUCGAAGCAUUUUCGGUCUUGUUUCAUUUUUUGAGAACUUCAUUAAUGUGAGAUUGGUAAUUAAAAUGCAGGUGCAGUUUUCUUUUAAUGUCAUGCUGUUUAGGUAAUAAGAAAUAUUAAGUAAUUGGCUUUAGAUUUUGUAAUUUUUUCCCUAAGUUCCUGCUAGAUUUCAUAUUCUAGUAGUCAGUGUAUUUUUCAGUGAAAUAUAAAAAUAUUCCCAUUCUCUUUGACCAGUAUUAAUUUCUUGAGAUAUUGCUUGUCACUUGAAUCCUGUAGCUGUCAUACAUCUGGUAUAAGCACAUUUGAUUUUUGAAGUGUGUAGACCACCUCUUCAUAUUUUCAAGACGUAAUUUUACAUUUCUGCAUUUUAAAAACAGUUUGGCCAUAA